AUGGAGCUGUUCCGAGCAAACGACUCCUUUACAAGGAGUUGCGGGCUCCAAAUGGCAGCAAACGCCGACGGAUUGCGAUUCAUCAUUGAUGGUGUCAUCGGAAACGUUGUUGCCUCUAUAUCAGUAAUUUUCAACAUCCUGCUCUUCUACGUUUUCUCCACAUCCAGACGAUUACGUCGACAAAACUAUGCUAAUCCAGUUCUACUAGCCCUAUUUGACGUCUUCACAUCCAUCUGUUAUGUUCUACUCUUACCACUGCAAGUGAUUUCGUAUCGCUACGAUGUCCGCACGAUGAUCGGGAGAUGGAUCGGCUAUGUACGAAUUGUGCAUUGCAUACAGCAUGUAUGCGUCACAAUCUGUAACUUCUUGCUAGUCGUCGCUAGUAUCGAACGGCUAUUCGCCAAUUAUCCCGAAGGAAAACAGAAGACUGUGCUCGUCUUUCUGGUGAAACGGAAAGUUGGCAAAAUUAUGGCAAUCAUACUCAUUGCCAUUUUUAUGAAGGGUACAUUGCUUUUUGAGACAACAAUUGAACAUCUUCCUUAUUGUGAAGAGUUCGACAGAUAUGUGCCAGUAUUGGCUAGCAACCCUGGGACUUUCGUCGCAAUUCUCUACUGGGGCCGAAAGAUUUCCACAGUGAUCGUGCCGUUUAUCAUUCUGAUUUACUGUAAUUACCGGAUAGUACGGCAGUUGCGAAUGAAACAUAGAGAAAACCAAGAGCAGUCAAUCAAGAAGCGGUCAAUAAGAGGCAACUUGACAAAGUCGUCCAUUCGGCAUUACUAUCGAGAGAAACGAGGAGUACGAACAGCAACCAAGACACUAGUUCUGGUGGUUGGGUGUUAUCUGCUCUCGAAUCACGUCUCGAUAAUCCUUGGAUUCUGGGAAUAUCUUGCACCAAGCGAAAUUAAGCAAUAUUACUACGAGUAUCUCAUAGUUUCUGAUGUGGCGUCCUUGCUGACCGUGUUUGGCUGUUUGAUGCGCUUGCCAAUUUAUUGCGUAUCGGAUGUUCGAAUAAGAAAAGCAGUCGGACGAGCGCUAUUUCGUUGUCGUGUGCGUACCAUCCCCACCGAGGUCCGUCAAAGACAGUUGGAUAAGUGGAGCAUCGUAGUGGUCUCAAACAGCCUCAGGAGCAACCUAACGGGAAUGAAUAAUCUCUUUGCUAGCCAGGAAUGGCUCCCCGGAAGAUCGAAACGAGCAAGGGACGAGCUGGCGUUGCUUCUUCAGAACCGCCGAAAAAUCCUCGUGGACAUGACGUUCAAAUUAGCCGCAGAUAGUAAAGAAGAGGAGCAUUCACACGGUGACAAUAACACUCGUGAAGUUUGGCUGACAGACAUCCUGGAAGAAGAUUCGCUGCCCGACCGGCGAAAUAGUCAAUUCCGCUCGUUACUGGCCAAUGUCUAA